AUGCCCACGCACGAACCCCCAAGAACCAUCGCAGUCCUCGGAGCAACAGGAAACCAAGGUGGGGGAGUUGUUCAAGCACUGCUCAACAUCGAUUCAUCAUUUUACAUUCGCGCUAUAACUCGAGAUGUGACCUCUGCCAGUGCGGCGCAACUCAAAGCAAAGUAUCCAAAGAACGACCGAUUGGAACUUGUGGAAGCCAAUGUCUACAACAGAGAAUCUUUACUCAAAGCAUUCCAUAAUUCUUAUGGCGUGUUUGCCGUAACGAAUAACCGACUUCCUGGGAGAAAGAUCGAGACUGAGAAAGACAUGGACCAUGAACUGGAGGCUGGUCGUAACAUUUUGGAGGCUGCCAAGGCAUGCAAAAUCCAACAUUUUGUGUUGAGUAGUCUGCCGAACCUGACAGAUGCUAGCAACGGGCGGUUUAUCAAAGUCUACCACUUUGACAAUAAGUCGAAGAUCGAGGAGUGGGCGAGACGGGAGCUUCCGGCUGUGACAUCGUUGCAUCCUGGUUUGUUCUACACAAAUAUGCAAUGGUCACAAUAUUGCCGACGGGAUGGUAAGAGCCGCAAGUCACUUGAGCAACCAGACACCAUCAAGUCUAACAGCAAUCCAGAAAACAAGACCGUUCGAUUCUGUGCUCCCAUAGAGGGAAAUAAACUCGCCGACUGGGUCGAUCCAGACUACGACAUCGGUGUAUAUGCCGCAAGUAAGACCAAUCAAAGACACCACAGCUACCUGGAAAUAUUUGCUCUUGGACCAACGAAGACAGCAUCGAAGAGAUACCCAGUCGUUGGUCCGAAGCUUAAAUUUGAGGAAUUUGCAAAGACCUUCACGCAAAUGACUGGACAAGAGGCCGUUUUUGAUCCUGAUACACUGGACCAGUGGGGUGCGACUGUGGCUUCUACGGUAGGGAGGGGGUAUGAAGAGGAUAUAAGACAGAUGAUGCAGUGGAUAUCUGUUGCCCCUGAUGACAGGGUAUGUUAUGGGACUAUGGAUUCUAGGGAUGAUAUGUCAUGGGAAGAUCUCGGAGUUCGAGCUAGUACAUUUGCGGAGUGGAUGGAGCGGGCUUCGUGGGCUGGACCGUAA